AUGAAAUCAUAUACGGAGUUAGGAGAUAAAUUAAAGAGGUCAAUUUAGUCCAAUUCGGAAAGAAAUGGGGCGCGCCCAGGAAUUCGCGAAGGAGGUGCCAAUAUUUCGGUUGGUAAGCGUGCCCUUGGCGUCUCCAUCCUGACCGCCCUGUUUUCCACCCUUCACUGCUCACGCACAGACGCACUCCACCGACCACCGUCUCCACGCAGGUGACGCAGCGGCAGCUUUCUACGAUUCGCCGGUUCCGCCUUCGACUUCGGCGAUCACCGGUCGGCCUUCUAAUUCCAGGACUUCCAGAGACCAGAGUUCCGGCCUUCGACUUCACCCAAUCAGCCGUCGACAUCGGCCACCAGCACACAACUCCAGCUUCAACUCUCCAAGCCAGAAAGCCUUCAAGAGUUCUGGUCAGGCCAGUAAGGUGAUGCAAGGAUGUCUUCAGCGGAUAUGAUACAACAGGAUCGGAAAGCAGCUGAGAUUGACAAAGUAGAAAUCCAUUCAUCUUUCAGUCCAGAUAACGAUGAGGAUGACCUGUGGUACGUCGAUGACGGACCAUCAUGUGGUGAUCCUUUUGAAGAAGCAGACGAUGCAUCUGAUUUGGAAAGGGAGUGGAAGAGGAGGCAUGAUCAGUUCCAUAAUAUGGGAUAUCGUGAUGGCCUUAUAGCUGGAAAAGAAUCUUCAGCACAGAAAGGGUUUAAUGCUGGUUUUAUAGAAUCAGUACACAUCGGAUAUAACUGGGGUGUGCUCAGAGGUGUAAUUGGGAGUCUGGCGUGCCUUCCCCCUGAACUGCAAGAAAGGUUGAUAACAGAGGAAAGUAGAAUGAAGUUCCACAAAUUUCAAGAAUCUCUACAGGCUGUUUCUGCUGUGGAGGAUGCAUUGAAGAUGUUCAAUGAAUCCCACCUGUCAAAGAGAUCGGCAGGAGAGCAAAAAGGUGAGACCGUUGAAUCUUCUGAUGAUUGUUUCCAUAAUUACCAAUGUGAGUUUGAAUCGCUUAUCCGUGAGCUGCCUGCAAUUAAAUUGCUUUCAAAAGCAAACUACUAGUGUAUACCUACCUUUAUCAUACUUGAUUGUGCUGUGUUGUGUUUUGUCCAUCACCAAAAUAUUUCUGCCGCAAGAUUGUUUGCAGUUUCAACUAUUACUUAUUGUCUCCACUAUCAAGUGUCAGUGAAUGUUUGAAAACAUAGGCUUUUUCCGCUUCUACUUUUAUUUUUAACUUAUUACUUAUCACUAAUAUAAUCAUAUUGGACCA